AUGCCUGGCAUGCAGUUUCCAUACCCGCGCAAGAGCUCCAUACCCAACUCGCCAUAUAUCUCAUCGCGAUCAACCUCAUACCGAACAAGACGGCGACUCCGAAAUCUCGCCCCUUACGUAGUCGGCUUGAUCGCCUUCGUCUGGCUGCUGAUUUACCUCUUCUCCGGACCUUCAAACCCAGACGCAUACCGGCGUCCACCAGCAGGCAUACCCGAAGUUGUCAUCGUUACGACGUUAGAACCGCACCUCAGCCCAAGAUACCGGGACAACAUCAUCGAGAACCGGCGCGACUAUGCCGCGCGACAUGGCUACACUACCUUCUUUCCCAACACGACAGACUACGACCUCAUGCCCAACAGCCCUUCCUCCUGGUCUACGAUCCCUGCCCUCCGCCACGCCAUGACUAAGUGGCCUCAGACGCCGUGGCUGUGGUACCUCACCUCCGAAGCCUUGAUCAUGAACUCACGCAAGGAUAUCUACACCAGCAUCGUCGAGCCGCGCAAACUCGAAUCCCUCAUGAUCACGGACCAGCCCGUCGUACCACCGGACAGUGUCAUCAAGACUUUCAGCCACUUACGCGGAGAGCGGGUGGAUUUUGUGCUGACGCAGGACAAGGAAGGGCUGGCGGGGGGCAGUAUGUUGAUCCGGACCGGAGAGUGGGCCAAGUACUUUUUGGAUGCUUGGUUUGAUCCGAUGUACCGGAGUUAUAACUUCCAGAAGGCGGAGAAUCAUGCGCUGGAGCAUAUUGUGCAGUGGCAUGGGACCAUUUUGGCGAAGCUGGCGUUGGUGCCACAGAGGGUGAUGAAUAGCUACACGAGGGAGGUUGGAGGUGGCGACUCGAGUGGUCUGUACCAAGAAGGCGACUUCGUGGCCAACUUUCAUGGUUGCGCGAACAACGGCAAUCGCAACUGUGAGGAGGAGAUGGCGCACGUGUCACGAGUCCUUGUCACCUCCCUAGAGGAAUAUUGCAAAUCUCGACCCGUGAUAGAGAUAACAAACGUGUGCGAUUGUACCCGCACCAUCAUGUCGAGUAGAAGGGCAGGCAACACAAUCCGCGGGCCACGAAGCGCCUUGACAGACUUUCUCGCUGCCAACAACAUCUCGGCACAGCAAAUCCGCGACGAUUACCAGCGUAGGAGGACGCAACCAGAAGCGGGCGAUGCCGGAGAAGGCUCGUCGGCGCAGACACCAGUUCAGGAUGAAGACGAGGCUCUAGCAGCAGCCGCACAGGCGGAGGAGGACGAAAAGAAGUCGAAGAAGCGCAAGCGCACCGAAAAGGAAGCGAUCGACAAGAUUAAGAAGGCCAAAGCCACGAAGAAGGGCAAGAAGGCGAAGAAGGAUGAUCCGGACGACGAGUCGGAGUACGAGGACGACUUCUACAAGAAAGCUCGCCCGGCACCGGGACAGUUCGAACACUGCGAGAUCUGCAGCAAGCGCUUCACCGUCACUCCCUAUAGUAAGGAAGGGCCGGAUGGCGGGCUGCUAUGUACCCCUUGCGGCAAAGAGCUGGCGAAGGACAUUAAGAAGGAGCAGAAGGCGACUAGCAGCAAGCCGGUAGGGAAGAAGAGGCGCAAGCUCGAGAGUGACAGACUUGAUGGUGUCGCGCGAUGCGGUGCGAAGUCGCUCGUGCAGCUUUGCAUUGAGAAGGUUGCAGCGCACCACGACAGCAUAGAAGAGCUGGGAGACCUGCCGCAGCCUCUUGUUGAGCGCCUCAGCCAGCUGUUCUCGAAAAAGCGUGUGAUGAAAAGCAAGACUUUGCCGCUCUUCCUGCGCCCGGACCUGGAGUCGGUAGUGGUGCACGAUGCGGCUUACCUCGAAGAGGACGACUACCGGCAGAUGUUUGCUGUCGUGCCGAAGAUGCAGAAGCUCGUGCUCAGUAAUGCCUGCCAGCUAAAGGACGACGCUAUUGACUACAUGCUUGAGCGAUGUCGGAAUCUCAAGCACCUCUCACUGUACAGUGCGAACCUUGUCUCGGAAGGCAUGUGGCACAGACUCUUCCGCGAAGUGGGUACCAAGCUACAAGUGCUCAAGCUGAAGUGGCUGGAUGCUGCCUUUGAAGACGCUGUCAUGGAGGAUGUGGUGAAGUACUGCCCGAACCUGGAGCGACUGAAGCUGAAGCUCUGUCGCCGGCUAGGACAGGACGCUGUCGACUGCGUAGCCAAACUACCAGAGCUCAAGCAUCUUUCACUGCAGAUCAGCCGCGAAGUGUCCAAUGACACCUUGGUGAACCUCAUCGAGCUGCGCGGAAGCGGUCUGCAAACCCUGUCCCUUGAGAAAUUCCUCGACGUAGACGACGCCGUCCUCCAAACCAUCCACGACAACUGCAACCGCCUCACGAAGCUCCGUCUCUCGGAAAACGACACAAUCACCGACGCCGGUUUUGCCGCUCUGUUUACUGACUGGCGAAACCCACCGCUCACCUUCGCUGACUUCAACUCCACCCGCGACGUCGACAACAACAACCCCACCGGUCCCGAAGAAGCGCCCAUCGGCCUCGCCUCCAACGGUUUCCGCGCACUAAUGGCCCACUCGGGUGCCGCGCUCAGACACCUCGACGUCGCCUCCUGCCGCUUCAUCGAGCUCUCCGCCUUCAUCGACGUCUUCAAUGGCGCUGAAACUUAUCCUUCGUUGGAGUACAUCAAUAUCAGUUUCUGCAACAAAGUCGAUACGAGUGUCGUUGCCGGCAUCUUCAAAAGUUGUCCGGCGCUCAAGAAGUUGGUGGCGUUUGGAUGCUUUGAUGUGAGGGACGUUGUAGUCCCGAGGAGUAUUGCGUUGAUCGGUGUUCCGACGGCGCAAGAUGCGAUUGAGCAGUUUGGGGUGGGGAUCGGGGUCGAGGAGGCUAUCGGGCGGAUGGUUGAGGUGGGUGCUUGA